AUGAAAGACUACUCAUCUGUUCCAAUGCAGGGGACUGGCAAAAUUAUCAGAAGAUCAAUCUUUAUCUUCUUGCAGAAUUACCAGUUUUUCACUACAACAGCAGCACUUCUUGCGUUCCCUUUUGCUGUCUCCGUUCUUCUAUUACAAGCAUUCGUCCCCUUAACGUCUUUCCUCCGAGCAAUCCAUGAUCACCUGCAUGCUCUAUUUGAUGCAGCAGGAUUACCAUCCUCUUCAAAACUCUUCACCCUUCUCAAUUCAAAGCUUUCACAGACCAUUGCCAUCUCUUUUCUUGCAUUUCCUUUCACCUUUUCCUCCCUUCUUUUCGCAAAAGCGUCCAUAUUUAAAGCUCUCACUGAUCAGAAACCAUCCAAGAAACCUGCAUUUUCUUCUUUUUUCUCACUCUACAGUAACCUUCUUCUCACUCAACUUUGCAACUCAUUAGUCAUCAUCUCAGGAAAUGCAACUUGUUUUACUCUCCUAUUUUUCGCCUUCAAUAUAUUUAAUUAUGGAUUUAACCUUUCAUCUCCAGAAUUCAUUUUUUUAUCAGUAACAGGAGCAAUAAUCUACUCAACCGUUCUGGCCAGCACUAUGAUCAUCUGUAACUUGGCACUGGUAUUAUCAGGAAUAGAGAAAAUUGAAGGGUGCAUGGCAAUUCUCAAAGCUAGUUUCCUAAUCAGAGGGAAGACUGCGACUGCAUUAUUGUUAACCCUAUUUUUCAACUUGGCUCUGGCUGCAGUUGAAGCUCUAUUUCAAUACAGAAUUGUCAAAGCUUAUCAUCACAAAAGAACAGGCUUUUCUGCUAUUUCUUUGGAAGGAAUGUUCAUUGCUUAUUUGUAUGCCAUUCUUCUGGUUCUUGAUACCAUUUCUAGCUGUCUUUUCUUCGAAUGCUGUAAAACGGGUCGCCAGAUGGAUGAAGAGGGAUGUUUCCCUUAUCAAAUUGAGAUUGAAGACAGAGAUAACCAUGCAGUUCUGAUGAUAAAUACCUUAGAGGAGCUUUCUUGA